AUGAAUAGUGGCAGCAGAUGCUGGGCCAGUUUACCCGCCGACGCGCUGGCGUACAUCAUCAACGAGUGCGGUCUCUGUCAGAAUGAUGUCGCAUCCAUUCGCUUGGUCUGUGUGCACUGGCGCGCGACAACCAACAGCCAUCUCAGGUCCCUGGCACCUGCCUGCACCAGCCUCGAGCAAGUCGCCGGUAUCGCCCAACGCUUUCCCUUUCUCACGAACUGCGAUCUAACCCGCUGUGAUACCAGGCUUGUGGGUCACGCAUCCCUUUGUCGCGAUGCCUCGGCUCGCCUCUCCACGCUCCUGGCAGCGCUCUCCCGUAUGCCGUCCCUUACCUCCCUCCACAUUAGCGACACCUUCAGCGAGCGGAUGGGUCAGAAGCACUGGGCCUCCCUGGUCUGCGCACAGGCUCUUGUGGACGGGACACAGCCAUCCGGACCCUCACCGGCAGUAGCAGCGGCAGUAGCGGCGGCGGCGCCGCUACUGGAAGCUCCAGCGACGCCGUGGCCGCGGGAUGUCGCCGCAGCCGCCGCGCUUGGCGGCGGCGCAAGCACCAGCCGCGGCGGCGCCGCUGCAACGGCCGUGAGCGUCAGCACGGUGGCCAGCGUCGGCGCUGCGUUGGCUGCCGUACGGUUGGGACCCGUUAUCGUCGGGGGCGCGGCGACGGCAGCAUCUUCUCCUGUACUUGACGGCGGGUUAACGGCGGCCGCGUGCGGGGGAAGUGGCAGCGGCACCGCCGUCAGCAGCCGCCUAAACUCCUUCUUGGCAUCCCCCAUGUCAGCGGCGGCAGUUACGGCGGCAGCCACUACCACCCCCGCCGCUUGCACAGACGCGGAGGAAGACGGCCCCCUCCCCGACGGUGCCGAUGCCAUUACCCGUGACUGGGUCAGUCUGGACAGCGCCAAAACCCCCCCUGCAACUGCCACAGCGCCAACAGGCGGUGUCGUGGAACUUGAGGCGGCAGCUGUUGCCGGUGUUGAGGCAUCGCCACCGCCGCCGCCGCCGCCGCCACUUGUUCUGGAUGCUUCUGAACUGGCCGACCCGGGCAUCAAGUCCUUCACUCGGGCCAUCUCCCGCCCCGGGGCCACCCACCAGCACGCGUUCUGGUUACCCGACUGGUGCGGGCGGCUGACGGGUCUGCAGGAGCUGCACAUCCGCGGCCGCCAGCGCCCGUCCGCGGGCCUACCCCCCUGCCUGCUGUGGCUGCACGCGGGCCGUACCGCCCCCCAGCUCACCUCGCUGAGCUUGGUGAGGUUGUCGCUGGUGACGCUGCCGGAGCAGCUGCAGCACCUGACGGGCCUUACGAGGCUGGUGGCGCAGGACUGCUCGCUGUCAUUGAUGCCCAGGGGGGUGUCGGGCGGACUGUCCAAGUUGCAGUACAUGGACCUGUCACUAAACGGCCUCACCGCCCUCCCGGCGGACUUCACUCAGCUCACCGCGCUGAAGCAUCUGGAUCUGCAGCGCAACAAGUUGGUGGCCCUUCCCGCCGACAUUGGCCGCCUCUCCGCCGUCACCUGCCUGCUGCUGAAUAACAACCAGCUACGACAGCUGCCUGCCUCCCUGUCUGCAUUGAGACACGUCGAAGUCUUGUCGUGUUCGUACAACUGGCUGGGGGGCAUGGGGCCCUCCUUGCCGCUGCUGUGCAGCCUGCCUCGGCUGCGGCGGCUGGAGCUUGCUUGUGUGAGCGACGUGAGGUGUCGACUGGUACCGCCCCAGGAGCUCCGCCUCCUGGCCGCCAACCUGACUUAUUUGGACCUGGCGGCAAACAACCUGGUUCCCUCCGAUGUUCUGGGCACGUUGACAUCUGUUCGUUCCCUGGUCCUGUCCGACUGCGGGCUGCUGGCGGUGCCCCCCUGGGUGAGGAAGCUGGCACCGAGCUUGCAGCACCUGGACCUCAGCAACAACUCCCUUUCCGAGCUGCCCGCCUGGCUGGCCGCCUGCACCCGCCUGAGGUACCUCUCCAUCGCCCACAACCGCCUGUCGCUGCGAGUGCCGCCCUCCGUGCUGGAGCAGAUGCCGCAACUAGAGGUGGUGGAGUCGGAGUAG